AUGGCUGAAGAGCAGAAUAAGUGCUGGAUCUGCCUCUGCUCAGGGGAUGAGUACCCUCCAAUGGGUAACUCAAAGGACGCUCACGACUGGGUCCACCCAUGCCAGUGCUCCCUAACGGCACAUCGGAAGUGCCUCUUGGAGUGGGUUUCGCGGACCAACCUAGACUACAGGAACGAGGCCCUUAAUGAGUUUAAUGGCCGUAGGACAAACAUCGGGUUUGAGUCCCUCAAUAUUGCUGACACGUACUCCUCGUUACACGGCAGGGCCCAGUUCCACCCUUUCGCAUGGCUGAGGGCCCGCUCUUCGUUUACCAAUAACAGCUCCUCCCGCGCGCCCUUUGACCCUGGAGAUAUCAGUCGAAUCUUUGCUGCACACGCGGAGGAAGCAGUGAUACGAAACGUUACCCAGGCUAUGGCAGCCGGUGCUCGUGAGAGUCAGCCAAUGGCAAGCGUGCCUAGCAGUUCGCGCAAACUGGUCAUCAAUACAGUUUGCCCUCAGUGCCACGCGCCUAUACUUUUAAAGACAAGUCGUGGUGUUACAGUUUCUUUAUCGUCUUCUGUCUCGCAUCUACUUGACUGGUCCGCCAAGACGUUAAUCCAAGUUACAGCUAUCGGCACACUUGGGAGCUCCAUAUUAUUCAGCUUUGGUGGUAUCUUGGCCUCCUGGGGAUUGCGAAUAAUGACGACGGUAGCUCCGGAAAGCACCCUACUAAAAUUACUUGAUCUGAACAGCGCAUCGACAUUAUCUCAGGCUUUUCAAAAGAACCAGAUAGGGUUUAAGCAGAUUCUCUUGCUCGGGUUUGCACCGCUAUAUUUGAUUAGCUUCCGAUGUGGUAACGCUUUCCUAGGCUGGUUGAAGUGGUUCUAUCCCUUGGCUUUCUUGAGGCCAGAGGAAAAGCUGCAAUCAAGUGUCAAAAGGUUCCUUAUUUUACAGUACCCAUUAGCAAUGCUCAAUGAUUUUUUCAGAAUGUGCGUUUAUAACCCAGUUUACUUUAGGUGGGUUCAUCGAGUUAAGCCAUAUUUUAUCGGAGACAGAAUGACAGUUGAACAACUUAAGAUCUAUGAAGCCGAGCAAGAAUACCUGGAGACUCGCUUUGACGCUUUGUCGAGAGGCAAUCAGCCUAGGAGCCUUUUAACCAAAUUUAAGAGCUUUUUCAGGUCUGCAUCCCCAGAACCCAUGAUACAAAGCAUAAGUGCCAGACGGCUAGUUAUGUCAACGAGAUACGAUUACUCCCAGGCUCUUAUUGAAACUUCAAUCUGGGAAAAAAUUGCCUCCACAUUGUUGUGGCCUUUGGCAGGAAAGCUCAUUAGUGACACUGUGCUCUCGAAGUCUAAAUGGUUCAAACGUUUUGUAGCUCAAGAAACAGCAACACCGGAUGACGGAUUGUAUCUUUCUAACUUAAUCGGCUGCUGUGCUGCUGUUCUGCUCAAAGACCUUGUUCAUCUUUUCGUGACAUGGAGAAGAGUGAAACAGCUUGAAAGCAUGGAAGUUAUGAGCUACAUGACGCCGGAAUGGGAAUACGCAAUAAAUAAAAAGAUUGGGCAGGUUUUAAAUGACCUCAGUUCACUUAGAGAAGAUGAAGAAUCUUACGUGAUUUUAGAGGAGCACGCUAACAACAUGCUCACAAAACCAUAUCACGACCAAUGGACAAACGUUGGGAGUAAUAUACCGACUAUUUUGGGAAAAGUUGGUUACUUUAGAUUCCUUGUGAUUAAAAUGAGUAUUGAGAGGUCGCUGGCGUAUACUAAAAAAGCAGAACACCUUUAG